CGGCGGCGCCCCUCCGACGAGGUCUAAAUCGACGCCAGUAGCCGGUCCCGCGCCGCCGACGACGCACCCGACGCCCGCCACCAUGUCGCAGUGGGACGAGUCUCUGGUGAGGGAGCAGGUGCGCAGCGACCGCGGCGCGUCCAACCUCGCCUUCAACGAGAAGGUGAAGCAGCUGCAGCGGAGUGGGCGCGACAUCAGCCACUUCGCGUUCGGCCAGGCGCCGUUCCCUGUGCCGACCUGCGCCGUCACCGCUCUGAGAGAACACGCCGCCGAGCACGCUUACCUACCGGUGGCCGGCAUUCCAGAGCUGCGGCAAGCCAUCUGUGGCCUGCACAAGAGAUGUGAUGAUAUUGACCUGGACCCCGCCAGAGUUUUGGUGGGUCCCGGCUCCAAGGAGCUGAUUUAUCUCACCAUGAACGUCUUCAGUGGAGACAUUUUACUUGUGGCACCGGCCUGGACCACGUAUGAGCCGCAGAGCCGCCUAGCGGGACAUCAGGCAACUAUUCUGCGUACGCACGCUGAGAGCCAUUACAAGCUGACGCCAGCGGAUCUGGAUAACCUGUUCAGCUCACGGAAGCUGAAGCCGCACAGAAUGCUCGUGCUCACCAACCCAGGAAAUCCCACGGGAACGGUGUACACGGAGCAAGAGCUGGCUGCACUGAGCACGGCCUGCAGGCGCCAUGGCGUGAUCGUGCUCUGCGACGAGAUCUACGGCCGACUCACCUUCGGCGGCGGCCACGUCAGCAUGGCCAAGGUGUACCCCGAGGGCACGAUCCUGAUGUCGGGCUUCAGCAAGUGGCUGAGCGCCGGCGGCUGGCGCCUCGGCUACGCCCACUACCCGCCCGGCCUGCAGCCGCUAGAGCUGGCGCUCGUCGGUGUCAAAGGCACGCCAAGUCAGGCGGGCUACUACUUCAUGCCUGACUUCGAGGUGUGCCGAGCCGGGCUAGCGGCCCGCGGCCUCUUCACCGGCCAGCAGAUGGUGGACGCCAUGCUCGAGGAGGCAGAUGUCGCUUUGAUGGCCAGUUCGUGUUUCCUGAUGCCCGACUCGGCCCUAGUGACGCGUUUCUGCUUCGUCUGCUUCGACGGUGCGGCGGCGCUGGAGGCGGUCGCCGACGGACGGCCGGUAGACGAGGCGUUCAUCGAGCGUCACUGCCCCGUACUGGUGGCCGGGGUGCGCCGCCUGCAGGCCUGGUACCACGACCCGCUGUUCGGUCCGUACGACCCGAAUCGGCACUACACACACGUGCGCUACUUCGAGGUGGGCAAGGUGGACUUUGAGCAUGUGCAGGCGCCGUUCGUGAUCGGCUGCUGGAUCCUGAUCGCCGGCCUGGCUAAGAUGGCGUUUCACAGUGUGCCUCACAUGUCGCGGAUGGUGCCGGAGUCGUGCCUGCUCAUCGGACUCGGCAUCGGGGUCGGCGCACUGCUGUACGUGUGCCUGGGCGACAUCGAGGCUUCGCAUCACUUGGACCCGGACACGUUCUUCCUCUACAUGUUGCCGCCCAUCAUCCUCGACGCUGGCUACUUCAUGCCCAAUCGGCUCUUCUUCGACAACCUGGGCACGAUCCUGCUGAUGGCCGUGGUCGGCACUAUCUUCAGCACGUUCGCGAUCGCCGGCGGCCUGUACCUGGUGGGCAUGACGGGUGUGUACGGCGUGGAGACGUCGCUGCUGGACAUCCUGCUGUUUUCGGCGCUCAUCUCUGCCGUGGACCCGGUGGCCGUGCUCGCUGUUUUCGAGGAGAUCCAGGUGAAUGAUGUGCUAUACAUCGUCGUGUUCGGCGAGAGCCUGCUGAACGACGCCGUCACGGUCGGCCUGUACCAUAUGUUCGAGGAGUACAUGAUUCUCGGUCACAGCGCCUUCCGGAUGACGGACAUCGGCAAGGGGUUCGUCAAGUUCGCCUCGGCGGCUGUAGGCGGCACGUUCAUCGGGGUGGUGUGGGGUUUUGUUACCGCCUUCCUCACUCGCUUCACGGACAAGGCUCGUGUAAUGGAGCCCAUCUUUGUGUUCACCAUGCCGUUCUUGGCGUACCUGAACGCCGAGAUCUUCCAUCUUUCCGGCAUUCUGUCCAUUACUUUCUGCGGUCUGACGAUGAAGAACUAUGUCAUUACGAACGUAUCCACUAAGUCGCACACUACGAUCAAGUACAUGAUGAAGAUGCUGGCCUCUUGCUCGGAAACGGCAAUCUUCAUGUUGCUGGGAGUGGCCACCGUGCAUAACCACCACGACUGGAACCUGGCCUUUGUACUGGCCACCAUCCUCUUCUGUGUUGUCUUCCGUUCGAUAAGUGUAGUCGUGUUGACCGCCUUUGCCAACCGUUUGCGUCUGCGUCCGAUCGCCGCCGUUGACGUGUUCGUGAUGGCGUACGGCGGCCUGCGCGGGGCCGUCGCCUUCGCCCUCGUCAUGCUCAUCGAUCCGCACUUGGUGAAGGAACAGCAGAUGUUCCUCACCACCACCAUCUCCGUCGUGUACUUCACCGUGUUCGUGCAGGGCAUGACCAUCAAGCCUCUGGUGAAGCGGCUGGGCGUCGAGCGCGCGAACAAGCGGAAGCUAACAAUGAACGAGCGAAUCCACGAGCGGACGCUGGACCACCUGAAGGCUGGCGUCGAGAACAUCGUCGGCCACCCCUUGACGUACAACGUGCGCCACCGUUUCAAACAGUUCAACCACCAGUACCUGCUCCCGUGCUUGACGCGCGGACACCACAACCGCGCGCGCGAUCCCAAGAUCAUGGAGACGUUCAGCAGGUUGGUCAUGAUGGACGCCAUGCAGAACUACAACGACGUGACCAACAUGGGCCAGAGCAGCCAGCGGCUGACCCGUCGCUUCAGCUACCGCCGUCACGUCACGCAGGACGCGCAGCUGCCCAACCCCGUGCUGAGCGCGCGAGACCAGGUGCACAUGGCGCAGGACAUGGACGCGCGCCUGCUGCUUUGGCUGACUGUACAGCCGGCUGUGGGCUGGCUGUAG